GUUGUCCAGACGUAAAUAUGCAUGUUGAGAAGGGGAUGGGUCGUUGUUGUUGUGAUUUAUUUUGACAAAUUUAUGGAUAUUUAAGGAAGCUUUCAUCGCGAAAUACUGUGUAGAAUUCAACGUUACUUACAGUGUGUUUCGGACCUCUGCUGGGCGGCCUGAAUGACGCCCUGCUGGGCCGGGCCGGCGCGCUGGCCGACAUGGGUCGCCACGGCGUGGCCCCGGCGCCGGCCGAGCAGCUGGGGUACGGCGCGGCGCACCCGUCCAUGGCGGCGCCGCACACCCCUCCCACCUCGCUGCCGCCCGCCGUGUGGGACAUGGUGUACGGCGGGGCGCCCCCGGUGCCGCAGCAGCACCGGCCGGCGCCCCCGCCUCAGCACCGGCCGGCGCCCCUCACUCCACAGCCACAGACGGCCGUCAAGCACCAGUCGUGUCCACCUGACGGAAUGGAGAGUCUGGAGCUGCUCGAGCCGCUGUGUACGCCCUCUGCCAGCGCCGGGCCGCUGACGGCGCUGGCAGCUCCGGCCGUGGACAGCCGCCCGCCGCCCCCGCCUCCGCACACCUCCGCGGCGAUGUUCGGCCUGCCGCUGCACCCUCCGCUGUCGGCCGUCCCCGCCGACUCCGCCGACGCCGACCCGCGCGAGCUGGAGGCCUUCUCCGAGCGCUUCAAACAGCGGCGCAUCAAGCUGGGGGUGACGCAGGCGGACGUAGGCCGCGCGCUGGGCGCGCUCCGGCUGCCGGGCGUCGGGGCGCUCUCCCAGUCGACCAUCUGCCGGUUCGAGUCUCUGACGCUCAGCCACAACAACAUGCUGGCGCUGCGGCCCGUGCUGCACGCCUGGCUGGAGGAGGCGGAGGCGCAGGCGCGCGACCGCCGCGCCGACCCGGCCGCGCCGUCCGUGCUGCCUGGCGACGACAAGAAGAGGAAGCGCACCUCCAUCGCCGCCGCCGAGAAACGCUCGCUGGAGGCGUACUUCAGCGUGCAGCCGCGGCCCAGCGGCGAGAAAAUCGCCGCCAUCGCCGAGAAACUCGACCUGAAGAAGAACGUGGUGCGUGUGUGGUUCUGUAACCAGCGCCAGAAGCAGAAAAGGCUCAAGUUUGUGGCGUUACGCCGCUGACCGACGCACCGCCGGCUUGAUUCCGAAGGGAGAGGCGAAGCUACCGGAGUAUGAAUAACAUUAUAAUUUGCAUUGACCUGUGUGAUGCAGGCCUCAAAGGCUUGCAUUUCGAGGUAAGACUGCUAUAUUGGAAUGCAUGGAAAGAAAAGAACAAUUAAGUUUCCACUGCUGUUGGCGAGAGGACCCGACGUACCAUCGUGCGGCAAUGCUAAGGGCGCUUUAUUGUCUCGUCUGAAGUUUCCUAGUGGUGUCGUGUUUAUUAGGGCAUUGGUGGACUGUGGUACGUAAGUACAAGGGACGCGGCUGGCCUACGAAGUGGCGAUUAUAUGGAGAAACGUACCUGCACGUGAAGCUCUUGUGUG